ACUGUCAUAUUUCACAAUUUUCCCAUCAUAAUAACAAAAGGAAGGAUAAAGUAAACGAAAGAAAGUUGCAAAAAUCAGACAUGGAAGCUUGCACAGCUGUAGAAAAAGAAAUUGAUAAAGUCUGCUCGAAGUUUGGCAACAUAAACGACCAUGCCAAAAGGGUUCUAUCAGAUUUGGUUAAGCAAAUGCAAAACUUGAAAGACGAGUACGAAAAUAGUGAUAGCGAACACGUUUUAACCGACAUACAAAUAGAUAUAUUGAAACAAAAUAUGUUCAAAAUCAAAGAGACGAUAUCAAAAUUAGCUUCGGACCACCGAGAUCUCCAUGGCACCGUUUCGAAAGUAGGCAAGGCCAUCGAUAGAAAUUUCAUUUCCGAUUUCGCGGCCACCACUCGCGAGGAAAUCUUCAACAUGCCAGAAAAAGUGAAUCUAAUCAACAAAGUCAUAUGCGAGCAUUUCUACAGGCAAGGCCUACACGACGUAGCCGACGAGCUAGCCAGAGAAAGCGAUCUAACGCCGGAGCCCCACGAAAAGGAACCCUUCACGGAAAUCAAUCACAUCCUAGAAAGCCUCAAAGUAAAAGACUUAGAGCCCGCCUUAGCUUGGGCCACUGUUCACCACGACAGCUUAGAAGCUCAAAAUUCUUCUCUAGAAUUCAUGUUACAUAGGUUAAAGUUCAUCGAAGUUUUGCGCAAAGGAUCCACGCAUCAAACCGAUGCUAUUUGUUACGCGAGAUUGCAUUUUAGGAAAUUCGUUCAUCGACAUGAAAAAGAAAUCCAAACGUUGAUGGGAAUGUUGCUGUACGUCCCGAACGGCAUAAACAGUUCACCAUAUAGUUGCCUUCUAGAUUCGGAAUUGUGGAUAGAAAUAUCCGAGUUAUUUUUGCGCGAAGCUUGCCAAUUGCUGGGCGUUUGUGUGAAUAGUCCGUUGACCACGUGCGUAAAUGCCGGAUGCACUGCCAUACCAGCCUUGCUCAAUAUAAAACAAGUAAUGAUGCAGAGGCAAGUCAGUGGAAUUUGGAACGGAAAGGAUGAGUUGCCUAUUGAAAUCGAUUUAGGAAACGAAAAUAAAUAUCAUUCGAUGUUUGCCUGUCCGAUUUUAAGGCAGCAAUCGACUAUAUUUAAUCCACCGAUGAGAUUAAUAUGCGGACAUGUCAUAUCGAGAGAUGCAUUGAAUAAGCUUUGUAGUGGAAACAAAUUUCAAUUGACUUUUUUUAGGAUGAAAUGCCCUUACUGCCCCGUGGAACAGACUCCAUCAGAAGCAAGACUAAUAUAUUUUUAAUUCUCUACUGAUAUAUUAUGUUGAAAAUGCAAUAAUUUUUCUCAAAAUGCUAAACUAAUCAUUUUUAUACAGUUUUAGUGUUGUGAAGUAUAUUAGUUUGUAGAAUUGUUAUAAUUAAUUGAUUAUUUUGAAUUUAUUUGUGAUCCUUAUAAGUUGAUGCUGAAUAAAAUCCAU